CCAGGCAGAACUAUCCCUAGGGAAUGGGGCCUCUAGCUCCCAUUGGGGGCGGCAACGCCGCCCCUUAGACAAAGUCCCAGUCUCCCAGAGGCUUUUACCAGCUGGCCCCAGUGCUGCUGCUGCUGGGCGUGGUAAGCCAUCUCAGCCAGGGCCAGGCUGAGCUAAAGGACAUCAGCAUUAGGGGCGACCAGCGGUCAGGAGAACCAGAUUGUCAGGAAACCAGGAUGCUUACAGAAUCUCUGAGUCAGGAUUAGGAGGACAAAACCCUGUAACCAGAAGACCUCUGCCUGUCUGAAGGAGGACUGAGGGCAACAUUCAGACAGAAUUCUGGGUCCCCUCUUUGCUGAAGUGUCUUGUGAAACAGCCCAGAGGAAUCCUCAUUGAUGCAGAGCCAGAAAUGGACCAAUACCCCAUAUCAUGGGCUCUGUCUCCUUCUCUGCAGAUCCUAUGAGCUGUGUCUUCCUCUGCUCCAUCCAGAGAGUCACCGCUGCCCCUCAGUUCCCAAAAGGCAGCUCUGAUUUCUCAUUCCCAUACAUCCCUCGUCAAUGGCUGACUGCAAAGAAGUGAGAAGCCAAGCUUAAACCUAGGCUCCCCGCUGAGCACCUCGAGAGCCCGGUGCCAGAGGGCUCCGUGUCUCCUCCUGCUGCCAAUGCCCACAGCAACAUCAGGCCGGAGCCACACUGCACACAGAAGGCUUCCUUGAUUCUCAGCCACAACUAGCCUCAGAGACCCUUGUCCUGAUUCUGCUAGGUCUCUGUCCUUGGUCUUGUGGCCCCAGUCCCUAUUGGAUUCAAGGCAAUGUUGCCUCAAAAUAAGGACCAGGUGCUGCAACAGAACGCAGUGCCCCCUGGGCGCCCCCCGCAGGGCCUUCCUCAACUUGUGGACUCCUCUACCCUAACCCUAGAGCCUCUCUCUCCCUACCCACCUUUCUCCUCUUCCACACAGUCCUAUCUCCCUUUCUCCCCUUCUCCACUGUCCCCUAGUCCUGGCCUCCAUUCCUACUCUUCUGAGUCAAAUUCUGACUUUGCUCCACACCCCUACUCCUCUCCCCUCCCAAGUUCCCCCACUUUCUUUCACCAGAGCUACGGCACUAUUGCCUUUCCACAGUCCUCCUCCCCAUCCAACCAACAGCUCUACCCAUCUCCUCCUCUGACCCGCUCCUCCUCUCCUUCCCAGCCACACAACUCUCCCCGCUCCGGUUAUCAGACUCCUUCCUGCCAGCAAGACCUACCUAGCUCCACGCUCACUUCCCCCAGCCUACCUUCUCCAGGGGUCCACUCUAACAAGCAGACAUGGCACUGGCCUCAGUACAGGGAAACCAAGUCCCCUGGGGUGGUGGGAGGAUGCGUGGCAAGCGAGAAGGACCCUGCAGAGUUCAGGGACCCAGGGGCCCUGGCCCAGGCCCUGGUGGUCCACCUGGGCCACCGCCGCAUCGCCCACGACCUGCGGCUUCUGCUUCUGCAGCGCCUGUGGCUAGGCAAAACAGGCCAGGCCCCAGUUGUGGAGUAUCCCGUAUGCCUGGUGUGCCUGCGACUCCGCGGUCCCUCUUGCCCCAAAACCAAGUACAGGACUGGACCCCGGCUGCUUGCAUUCCCCCAGCUACUGCCCUGUGCACAGGGCCAGGAAUCUGGGCCACUCCGUAUAGGCAUCGGCUUUGGCCUCCGCCUGCCUCAGGGCCAGGCCAGGGCCUUGCAUCUGUUGCCAGAAAAAAGGCGGGAAGAAGUAGGGCUUCAGGGCAAGGCCACUCAGGCUCCUCCGCAUCAAGCACCAGCAGCCCAGACCCCAGCAGCUCAGCGGCUCAGAGCCCCAGCGGCUCAGAAUCAGGCAAAUUCAGUCCCAGGCACACCCUCGCAGGCCGGGAGCCACAGGUCUGCAGGCCUCCCAUCUCCAAGAUCCACCUGGUGUUCGGGGCCUCCACCUCAGGCACCAAAACAGGCCACUGCUUCCCUGAAGCCCAAGCUGCCUCCUGUCCCAAAGAGGCCUUCCUCUCCAGAGCCUGUUCUCCAAAAGUCACAAUCCUAGUUCCAGAACUGCGGAGGCUCCCUGGAGCACCCCCUCAAACCCCCACCCUACCCACCAGGUCCCAGAUCUCGGGGAGCCCCCGAGACACCCUGAAGGGCUGGUUGACUGGAGGUCAGGUCUGUUCUCCUGCCCUGAACCCUGGAAACCCCUUAUGGAGUUUGCUGUCUCCUGGCUGAAGAGGACCCAAGGCACCUAAAGCCCCAUUCAGCCUUCAGUGUAUCCAAUAAAGCCUGACCCUGAGAAACUUA